CUAUUAUUAUUAUACUUUCAUGUUAAAUACUAAAAUCUGAUUGGUUUAGACGCAGUUAACAAUCCGUUCGAUUACCCUGAGCCUUAGCAACACACCUGACAACGGGUAACACAACGGUAAUGCCACAUGCGUUGAAAUUAUGCGCGUACGGUUCACCGUAGAAUUCUCAAUAUGUCUGAAGAAGUCAGUUGUGCGUUUGAAGACAAGCGAUUAUUGUGACAUUUUCAAAGCUUGCGCCUAAAUACGACUGAAUAAAAUCAACAGACGAUAGAAAGCCUGAAAGGUUCGACCAGAAAUAAAAAUGUUCGCGGAUGUAGAGGAGUCUGAAAUAACAAAAUUAUUAGAUGACAAAGAUUCCGUAAGUACUAAGCGCACCAUAAAACGAUCCGUUAAUCUUUUCCGCACCUUCCUGAUGGAAAAAAGAGGAAGCGGGGAAUUCGAAGGUCUCUCUAAAGAAGAACUCAAUGAAAACCUAAGACUUUUUUAUGUUUCCAUUAGGACAAAAGCAGGAACUAGUCUAAAAGUUAGUUCUUUGAACAACAUAAAAUAUGGCUUGUUUAAGUAUUUGAAGGACACUUGCAAAAUUGAUGUGGACGGUCCAGAAUUUAACGAGUCAAAACAAGUUUACAAGGCAGCCCUCACAGACAUGAAAAAGAAGGGAUUUGGAUCCGUGGAUCACAAACCACCAAUUUCCACAGAGGACUUAAAAAAACUGUAUGAUAGUGAGAGUAUUGUAUUCAAUGUUAAUACACCAUGUGGAUUACAAAACAAAGUAUGGUUUGAUUUGAUGUUCUACUUGUGCAGACGAGGUCGGGAGAACUUACGAAAAAUGACCAAAAAAACGUUUGGAAUUGAUACUGAUGCAACUGGGAGAGAAUUUGUGUACCAGGCAAUUGAUGAAGCGGACAAAAAUCAUGGAUCCAAUGCAACACCAGACGAAACAAUUGGAGAAGCAAGAAUGUAUGCACAACCUCAAUCAGGAGAUAUGUGCCCAGUGAUUACAUUUAAAAAGUAUUUGUCAAAGCUACACAAGAAAUUAGAAGCAUUGUGGCAGCGUCCAUUAGAGGCUUUUUCAGAAGAAAACGAAACAUGGUACUGCAGAUCUCCAGUAGGAAAGAACACUCUGGCUUGUCUUAUGUCUGAAAUUUCAAAGAAAGCUAACUUGUCCCGCUUAUACACAAACCACUCUAUACGCGCCACAGUAAUAACGGCGAUGGAUGACGCCGGCAUAGAGGCCAGACAUAUCAUGCGUGCUUCGGGGCACAAAAACGAAUCAUCAAUUCGAAGCUAUGCAUGUCGUCUAAAUGAGAACAAGAAAAGAGAAAUGUCCGAUUGCCUUAGCUCAGCUUUGGGAACUGUUACAUGUAAUAAGUACCUUGCUACUGAAUCCCGUAGUGAUCAAGAAAAUUCGCUGGCUAAUCUAAUAGAAGAGGAUCCGCUGGCUAAUCUAACAAAAACGGAUCUUGAUGAAAUUUUUAAUAACUCCACAUUUGAAGAAAUUUCAUCCAGCAAUUACGUUACUUGUGAGAAACAAGAAAUUAGCGUUUUGAGAGCUCAAAGUUCUAACAUUAUCCCACAACUACCAGGGAUUCAAAUUUGUCCAAAUCUGAAUAACUGUACUGUAAAUUUCAAUUUCUACAAUCAAAAAUGA